UUCAGCACGAAAAAUUAAAGUCAAUAAAUUGACAUCAUUAUGAACUCGUCAAAAUAAUAAUAUUAUUUAUGUUUCCAAAAAGCAUAAGUUAUGUUUCAUUAAAUUCAAAUACAACAAAUUGGUAUCAAUAAUAAUAUUCUUAAAAUAUUAUUUAAACUUAAAAAUUUACGUUAAUACAGUUAAUGAUACAGCCAAUUUAAAAAAAUUGAAUUAUAAAAAUAAUUUAUGUGAUGUUGGACAAUUCUUUUCAUCUAAUCCGUCAUGAAGUUACCUUUCAACUUUAUUUUGGGCCCUCUUCUAAAACCCUAUUUGGGCAAUACUAAAAUGUUUUGCGGACAUCCGACGUUUACUAUUAGAAUUUUUUACACUUACUUCUAUGGGAUAGUUGGUUUGUGUCUUAGUGCGAAACAUUUAAGAAAACAUUUGGGCGAGACACCAACUUCUAAUAUAUCAACUGAUGAUGCUAAUUCAUAUCAAAAUUUUAUGUUUGUCCACGAUUUGAAGAUAAUCGCUGCGUCUAUGGGACUGGUGCAAUAUUUUUGCCUUGUCAUUGGAUGUAUUACCCAUAAUCCAGGACUAUUUUUACCUCACCUUGCCGGACAGCUGAUCUUAGUUUCCGCAAAACUUUUCCAUAUUCUUUUAUCACUGCCGCUUAUUAAAAUCAAGACUUUUGCCGGGCUGGCUCAUAAAAUAAUAUCUUUGAACUUGAUGAUAUUUAAUUGUCUUCAAGAGUUCUGUGUAUUUCGACAAUAUUUGUGCAUAUGUGAUUUGUAAUAAAUAUUUACAAUAUUUUCAAUAAAGCUUGAUAAGAUAC